GGACCUGCACCAGAGAGUCUUUCCAGAUACAUUCAAGGCUUCCGUAACGUGAACCACAUAAUACCCAGCUGCCGAUAGGAUGGGACUGUUGGUUCAUUUGUGCUCGUGGCCAAGCUUCCAGCUUCUCGACCUCGAGCUGCCAGUAUACAAUAUACAUGCCGGUGACUAUGACAUCGGCGCACGCAGCAAAAAUUCCGGUACCGCAUGGCUUAUCAGACGAUUAACGAUAGUCGUGUUUAUCACAAAACCUCUGGUAUUCUAGUUGACAUUUCACACCUACAGCAAUGUCCGAUUGGUCGGAAUUGGCUAGCAGUGUUUUCUCCCAAGCGUCCGAUGCUUUGACAGAGGCUAAACAACGAGUCAAUGGAGUCAUUGCUCAGGAAAAUCUAGACUCACAGAACAUCGAAUGGUCUAAAGUAUCAGGUAAUGUUCUCUCCCGUGCGUCUGAUGCUCUGACAGAGGCCAGACAACUGGUCAAUCAAGCCGCGUCUCAGAGGGAUAUAGACCUACAAAACGUUGACUGGUCCAAAUUGUCAGCCAAUAUUAUGUCCCGUGCGUCCGAUGCUCUGACAGAGGCCAGACAGCUCAUCAAUCAAGCCGCAUCUCAGAGCGAUAUAGGCCUACAGAACGUUGACUGGUCCAAAUUGUCAGCCAAUGUCAUGUCCCGUGCGUCCGAUGCCCUGACAGAGGCCAGACAGUUCGUCAAUCAAGCCGCAUCUCAGAGAUAUAUGGACCUACAAAAUGUUGGUUGGUCUAAAGUGUCGAGCAAUGUUCUCUCCCGUGCGUCUGAUGCUCUGACAGAGGCCAGACAGCUCGUCAAUCAAGUCGCAUCUCAGAGAUAUACAGACCUACAAAAUGUUGACUGGUCCAAAUUGUCAGCCAAUAUUAUGUCCCGUGCGUCCGAUGCUCUGACAGAUGCCAAACAACUGGUCGAUCAGAUCGUGUCACAGAAAUAUCUGUACCUGACAAGCAUUGACUGGUCUAAAGUAUUGGGCAACAUUCUCUCUCAUGCUUCUAGUGUGCUGGCGACAGCAAGACAACUGGUCACUCAGGUAUUCAUAUACCACAACUGGCGCUCUGCUAUGGCAAUUAUAUCACAGCAAUUACAGAAGAAACUACGCCCCUUGCUCGAUGUAUUUUCCAGCAUAUUACACAACUGCCGGGCCAGAUUGUGGGGCAGUAUUCUCUCCAGCGUUUUGUUCGCUUUGACGGAGGUCAAUAAGUGGUCAAUCGUGCAUCCAUAUACAUCAGCUGGAGCCUUGGUAUUCAUCUCUGCGUUUGAAGAUCUUCCGAUGCUUUUGGCAUUAUUGCAGCUGACAGGAAUGACUACAAUGCUCUUGUGUUUUCUCCCGGUGCGGUUGAUUAACUGGUGUUUUGGCUUCAGGAGUCAGGGAGUAGAAAAAGGUUCAUUUGCAUCGCAAUAUCAGUCCCGUCGCUACGGCGGUAAUGUGCCACGAGGUUCUAGAUUCGCGGAACUCCAAUCAUAUGGGGCCACCAUGCCGACAGUUAUCUCGGCGCUUGUCUCAUUGUUGUCAUAUACUGGAGCUGUGAUUAUCUUGGGCCGGGAGUGGUGGAUCCAAUCAGGGGACUGGUAUCGUUUUGUAUCGAAUGGAAGCUAUUGAAAUGGGAUCAUCUUGUUGAGGUAUGCAUGCCACCAUGGUCAAAUGAAUGACAGGGUUCUGGGUUGGUUCGUGGGGGCUUGGGGAUGGUGGUAUUGAUGCUGUGGGCGGUAUUGUGGGUGUUCGAUAGAGGGAGUUGAGUCAGUGUCAGCAACAUGGAAUACUUGUGAUGCUAUACUCAUUAAUUGAUGCAACUUAUCAUUAUAAG